GCGGGCUCACAAGCUGGUGAACUUACCUGGAGUGUGGAGUUCGAGCACUAUUCCGACGCAGCUUGGCGCUAUGGCGACAUCUGCGCGAACCGCGACACACAAUACCUGUUUGGUAAUGGCCUGAUUACCCAUUAACCGACAUUAUAUAUAGUGAUCAGAAGUCGCGAUCCUUAGGUUUGAUACUAUGUGUACAUAUCCAGUUUUCAAGCACUCGAAGUUCCUGAUCAGGGACGAACUUCCCAAUUACCAACAAUUGUCACAUCCACUACUAGUCAAACAUGGCGGACUCAUUGCCAGAUGCCCUCAAACUCAACUACCAGAAAGAUGGCAACUUCGUUCGUCCUGACUCGACAUUUCGCAACAGUGUCUCCAAGGACCCCAGUUCCAAGUUCCCAGCUGAGAAGGGUCGGUAUGCGCUAUACCUCUCUCCUGGCUGUCCUUGGGCCCAUCGUACUUUGAUCGUGCGAGCCCUCAAACAUCUUGAGGACAUCGUAGAUCUUUAUCUGCUUGGUGACCUAGGGCCGAAAGGAUGGGAGUUCGACGGCACCUGGGGCAGUCUCACGGAAGAUCCCCUGCACCCCGGUGUCAAGUAUCUACGGGAGCUCUACGAGAAGGUCGAGCCAGGGUUCAGCGGCCGUGUGACCGUUCCCGUCCUCUGGGAUAAGAAGACCGACACUGUGGUCAAUAAUGAAAGCAGCGAGAUCAUCCGCAUGUUUUACAGCGAGUUCGAUGACCUAUUGCCCGAGGCCGACCGUGAGAUCAACCGGCCGGGCGGCGGGCUACUCCCGGAACGUCUGCACGCCGAAAUCGACGAGCUCAACGCCUGGGUCUACGAUACGGUCAAUAACGGCGUUUAUAAGACCGGCUUCGCCAACACACAGGAGGCUUAUGAGAAGAACCUCAAUGCACUCUUUGAGUCCCUAGAUCGUCUCGAAGGUAUUCUGAGAGACCACGGCAAGCCGUUCCUACUGGGCGACCAUCUAACCGAGGCCGAUGUCCGCCUCUACACUACGAUUGUGCGCUUCGAUGUCGCGUAUCACUAUGUCUUCCUCUGCAACCUUAAGAACAUCCGGCAUGACUAUCCAAGGUUGCAUCUGUGGCUGAGAAGGCUUUAUUGGGAUCGGAGCGAAUUGACGAAAGGGGCGUUUUAUAAGACGACGGAGCCCUGGAUAGGUCAGUAUGGCGCGGGUUACACAGCUGCGCGACGCAGAAUCGUCACGCAUGACAGUGUCUCUAUCGUGGGGAAGGGGCCAGCUGUUCAUGUGGAGCCGUUGAGGGACGAUGAGAAGCUUUAAUGAUAACACACGGAUUGAUACUACGGAUCGUAGAGAGGUCUUGGCCACAUGGGACGACAUUUUACAGUCGUGGUCACACUGGAGACCUGGAGACAUAAAACCAGUCACAUAGAGAUGUUAUGAUCAACCCCUCAAUUUGUAAAGACCCAGUCGGUGGGCGGCCCAACUCGGACACAAAAAGCUGUUGGUCGUUAGUAGUGACAACGGCCGCUUAAAAGAUGUACGAUCCAAACUGUCUGCCUACGCCUGACGCUUGGGGCAUUUAAGUACUAGGUAUCUCAUCUAUGUAGGGUUAGCUAUGUCAGAUUCACUUCAGGCCUAACGCUAAGGUCUCAUCCGUUUGUGUCGUAAAUUUCUGCCAAUAAGAAGAUGCUAUCUAGGUGGAUUAUAUGCAUGGACGGUGUCGCUAGGAGUCGGCACUAUAAUUAUUAAGCAAUCAACGGCGCGGUAGA